AUGAGGUCAGGUGAAUCUAUGAAAGAGUUUAGUGAUCGGUUUACAAAUGUGGUGAAUGAGUUGUCUAGCCUUGGAAAGAAGUAUGACAACAAGGAAACCAUUGUCAAAGUAUGUAGAUCUCUUCCUAGUGCUUGGGACAUAAAAAUCAUGGUGAUGCGAGAAUCCAAUAGCCUCGGGCAAAUGAAAUUUCACGAUGUCUUUGAAGACUUGAAGCCAUACGAGUUCGAGAUGAGAUCUCGAAUCGAAGAUGAAGCCUCAACGUCAACUGCAACCAAAGCCUUGGUGACAUCCUUGGAGCCAACCGUUCCUGUACCGGUUCAAACCGCUGAACAGUUUACCGAGGAUGCGAUGGCUAUGCUUGCAAGAAAAUUUGGAAAUUUCAUAAAGAAGAAUCAACCAUUAAACAACUACAACUACAACUACGGUGAUAAAUCUAACAUUAGAUGUUUUAAUUGUAAUGCUUUAGGUCACUACAAGUCGGAGUGCAGAAAACCAAGAAGAGAUGACCGAAGACUGGAUGACCAAAGACCGGCUAACAACAACCAAAGGGGUGAACAUCUGCAAUUUGGUGAAAGCAAGGAAGUUCAUAAGGAAUUGAUAGCCGACGAUGGUGGGAGUUUGUGGGCUCAUACCGACUCGGAUAACGAUGACAAAGGAUUCACCUGCCUCAUGGCUAAGGAGGAAGAAGUAUUUGAUUUCUCUUGUGAAGAGUUUACUAAAGAAGAUUUGGUUACUGUACUCAAUGACAUAGUUGUUGAGUUCAAGAACCUGUCUUCUCUUUUACCAACCCGGCUGAAUGUCCAUAUCGAUAAACUGAGUAACUUCCAAACCGGCGGUAAAUCGGCUAACCGAAAAUCUUCCAACGAGUUGAAUCUCAACAAGAACAAGCUUCCAUUCAUAAUAUUUGUUAAGAGCAGUUCAACCGAUAAUGAGGCAGAUCAUGAUUCUAAAUUAGCUAAAGAAAUUAAAUAUAUUAAGAAGAACAAGCGGCUAGGAAACUCGGAAUGGUAUCUGGGCAGCGGUUGCUCUAGACACAUGACCGGAAACAGUAGGUUGUUAACCGAUAUUGUUCAGGAAGCCGAUGCAAUGAUCAUUUUCGGCGAUAACUCUAAAGGUAGAGCCGUGGGCAAGGCUACUCCUAAUUUGAUUAAACUGCUUAGAAGAUUGCAAAAUGAGAAAUCAAUACGCAUAAGUAAGAUUAGAACUGAUAGAGGAACCGCAUUUACAAAUAGUACAUUAAUUGCAUUUCUUGAGGAAUCCGGUAUUAGGCGAGUUGUUUAG